AUGAUAUCAGCUCAAACAGGCGUCUUGGACCAAGUUGAUGGGUCUUGCAAACUACAAUGUGGUGAAACUACCGUGAUAUGCUCUGUAACAGGUCCAAUUGAACCUAAGGCAAGACAAGAGCUACCUUCCCAACUGGCACUCGAGGUUGUCGUUAGACCCUGCAAAGGAGUGCCCAAUACAAGGGAAAAACUACUAGAAGACCAGAUUCGUGGCGUUGUGACACCUGUUUUGGCCAAAUAUCUGUACCCUAGACAGCUUUGCCAAAUAUGCUUUCAGAUUCUAGAGAGCGGCGAACCUGAAGACGAGUACAACGUCAAAGAGCUUAACAGCUGCAUAAAUGCUGCAUACCUGGCCCUGAUAGACUCGGGUGUCGCGCUACAGAGCUCCUUUUCUAGCGUAUGUGUCUCAGUCCUUGGGUCAAACAAUGAAAUAUUGGUUAAUCCGACCCAAGAGCAGCUUAUUAAGUCUGACUCUACUCACAUUCUAGCAUUGGAGGUCGGAUCUGGGGGCAAGAAAAUUCAAAACGUUCUAUUAAUCGAGAGCAACGGCGACUUCACUGAAGAAAUUAUGUUCAACGUGCUUAGUAGAGCCGAAAAAGCCUGCGUUGAAGUUGCGCUUGAAUUAAGGAAAGCUGUUGAGGACAAAAUAAAGCGCGACUUCAUCUGGAAGCAGUAG